GCGGCGCUGGCGAGGGGCUGGCGGAGCGGGGCGCUGGCCGCUUUGCUGCUUGUCUACUUUUUGGAAGACUCAAUCUGUUUGUCAAGCAGGCUGAUCCUUCUCUGUUGCUUUACUGAUGCCAGGUAGCAAAAACUAGUUGCCGGCUUCCAUACCGUUUGGGAUAUGUAAUUAAGCAUGCUGCUUCAACACAAAAGAUGAACCUUAAGGCCUUUUCAGACACAGAGCACUCAACCCAACUGCUGCAGCAGAGCGAGAUCUGUGCCACCAUGGCUAGAAGAGGGAUUUAACACUUGCAAAAAGAAGAAGUGUUAGUCCAGGAAGUGGCAGUUGUCCUGCAUUGGGUCCUCCCACGUAAUUUCAAAGUAUUGCCAAUGGAUGAACUGGUGCAUGACUUGGCCUCAGCAUUAGAGCAGACUUCAGAGCAAAACAAACUGGAUGAGCUAUGGGAAGAGAUGGCCCUAAGCCCACGGCAGCAGCGGCGUCAGCUUCGCAAGAGACGGGGUCGUAAACGACGCUCAGACUUCGCACAUCAGGCAGAACAUGCCUGCUGCUACAGCGAGGCCUCAGAGUCAAGCUUGGACGAAGCUGUCAAGGAUUGCCGUGAGGUGCUGACAGCUAAUUUCAGUGACUCUGAUGACAUGACAGUGGUCAAACGGCAUCCAGCUCUUAGUGCCACCCUGAGGAGCAAGCAACACUUGUGGCAUGAGUCAGACUCUUUUACAGAGAAUGCACCCUGUCGACCUCUCAGGCGCCGACGGAAAGUCAAACGUGUGACAUCAGAGGUGGCUGCCAGUCUCCAGCAAAAGCUCAGGGUGUCAGAGUGGAACUAUGAGAGGGGCUGCAGGUUCAAGUCAGCCAAGAAACAGCGUCUUUCACGCUGGAAAGAGAAUGCCCCUUGGACAUCAUCCAGUCAUGGCCUUUGCGAGUCAGGAGAGAACAGGCCCUUCCUCAGCAACGGGGGAAGGAAGGAGCGGAUGGAGUGUGAAGCCGAUGAUCAGAAACAGGGUUCAGAUGAAAACAUGUCGGAAUGCGAAACCAGCAGUGUUUGCAGCAGCAGUGAUGCUGGCCUGUUUACCAAUGAUGAAGGCCGCCAAGGAGACGAUGAGCAAAGUGAUUGGUUUUAUGAAGGAGAGUGUGUUCCAGGAUUCACUGUCCCCAACCUUCUUCCCAAGUGGGGAGCUGAUCACCGAUCUGAAGUGGAGAGGAUUGACUCAGGCCUGGACAAGCUUCCUGUUUCCACCUUCCUUUUGCCCUCACAGCCAGCUCAGAGAGGAUUUCAUGCUCGCCUGAAUCGCCUUCCAGGAGCUGCUGCCCGUUGUGUCCGUAAAGGUCGGAGGAGGCUGGUUGGCAAGGAGACCUCCAUGAGCACUCUGGGCACCGAGAGGCUAGGUCAUAUUGUUAGUGAUCCGCGCCAGAAAGAAAAGAGCACAAUGCUGGCUUCUGAUUUCCCACACACUGUGGCCUGUGCACUUGAGUUCAAUCCAUUAUCUCCUCUGUACUCUCUGGAUGUGCUUGCUGAUGCUUCCCACCGAAGAUGCUCACCAGCACACUGCACUGCCAGGCAAGCAAAUGUCCACCUGGGACCACCAUGUUCAAGGGACAUCAAGAGGAAACGAAAGCCAGCUGCAGCCUCCAUAUCUAGCCCAACAUCAGCAACUUUAUCUGUCCACAUGGAUGCAGCAGAAUCAGAGCUACCAGCAACACCUUCCUUGAGAUCCCAGAACUCUGAGUGGACUGGGAAAACACCAGCAGCUGAGAAAUCUACUAUUGCUGCCUCCAGUAACUUUUUUAAAAUGCCAUCAGAGAAGAGCCCUGGAUACAGCUAAAAGGAAACAUUGCAACUGUAAAGGCUUGCUCGAUUUUAGAAGUGUUUGAUUCUGGUGUUUGUCUGCACCAAACAUCUUGUUUGGAAGUAGUGGUAUCUCCAGUAUUGGUGCAUGAUGUGUGCCAUCAUCCAGGCUGCUCUGUGUGCCUCUCACACUAAAUCAUCUUUGUGAAUCCAUGUUUAAGAAAAGGUAAUCAGUGUUGGGACUGCAGUGGCUUUUAGAAAUUUUCCUGCUAUCACUGUAUUUAUUAAGAAUUCAUCUCUUUCCCUGAUUCCAGCUCAUGUAAUGGGUCAUGUACAGGUUCUUUUGGGUUUUCAGAUCUUUCUUCACCCCCUGGACAUGCUGCUUGUUUGUGUAUUUGGCAUUUUUAGGGUGAAAGUCCCACUGCCAUUCAGGGAGGCAGGAGUCUCCCUCUGCUUGCUUCCAGACCAGAAGGAUUUCUUGGCUGGGGAAUGAGGAGGGAAUAUUAACACACUGGAACAUGAAACCUGAAUCCUGUAUUAGCGGAAUGUUUUCUGGCCAUGUGAUGGACUCAAAUCGUGUUAAUUCUGGCAAAGCAAAUAUGGUGCUUUUCUAUGCAGAAAUUGCCAUUAGCUCACUGGCAGCAUUGUCCAUUCGACCUUUUCCUUCUCCCUUGUUCUGAAUGUCUUCAAUCUUUAUUGUGUAUUGCAUGUUCAUUCCUAAACCUCCUACUGGAUAAGGAUUUGGGAGAACUACUUGGACAUAAAUGUGCAAGCUGGUGUCCUGGAUAGAAAUCUGGACCCUUGAAUACUAUUGCAGUAUGGUAGAAGAUGAUUCAAAACAUCCAUAUCUCAGUGUAUAAAUUAAAAAAUACUCGUUAGUGUUUCUAAAGGAUGCUUGUUGAAGUUAACAUGCCAUUGAACAAAAAAAAAGCCAUUUAAAGUGUCACCUGAGUUCAGAGUGUUACAGGUAUAGAUCAGACUCCUGUAUCAUGCUUCCUCUCCCUUCAAAAAUAUUGUCUGCUGUACCUACUGGAGAUGGAUCCACCUGCUGAUGAUUGCACAUUACACUGCAGUGUACACUAAAGAGAUUCUCUUCACAGAACUUCCACUUGGUCUGCUGUCACCUUCUGUGUUGCUGAAUAUAUGGACAGGGAUUUCUUCCCUCUCUGUAAUAACUCUGGAGCUUAUCCUGGACUGUGUUUUCAGAAUAUGUACCUGUAUAGCAUGUACCAAGGAACAGGUGGCCUCACAGCUUCUCAAGUCCUUCGAGUCCUAUUUGUAUGAAUAGAAUUUUUUGCUUUCCUUAUGUGGAGCUUUCAGACAGGACUGUUUAAACUUGUAAAAUCUGUUUUGAUUGUGGCAGUGCAUCUAGCACUCUUAAGCAGACAGCAAAAUUUGCGCGAUUUUACUGAUUUUGCAGUGUUCUGUUCUCUUAUGAGUCAAAUGACUGAGGGACAGAUUUGAUUGGGGGAAUAUGAAGCAGUGAUUUAUAUUAGCUGUGUUUUAAAAGGGGAAGUGGUCAUAAUAUACACGAAACAGAAACUGAAUGACUUGCUAAAUCAUGAUUGACAAAUAUAGGUAGUUAUACGACAUGCACACUGUGUCUGAUCCCCUAAUACCUACUUAAUCUUGGGGAGACAUCCAAAUUGGAUUUAUAUUUUGCAGCACAAGCAAACUGUCAGAUCUGUCACUAUAAAUCCUUCUCUAAACUCUUUUUUUUUUUUUUUUUUUUUUUUUUAAGAUUUUCUUAUUUGGGUGGUACAUUUUAGAAGUAAUUAGAACAGGGAAACCCUUUUUACCUUAAUGACGGAAUACAGAAGUCGAUUUGGAUUACAGGACAAGCUGUAACAGUUUAUAAAGGAAGAAGUGUUCCUUUUUUAAAGUUGUCAUGGCUUUGUCUUAUUUGUAGCUAAUUUGAACAAUGAUGCCUAAGGGGUAACACAGGAAGCUUCAGCACUGGAAGGCCUGCAAUCUAAAACACCUGAAGAGAAGGUAAACAUGAAGAGUAGUAGCUUGACUGUCUAGUACUCAUGAAUACAGUGAAUGGGAAAGGUGAUAAUGUUCUCCUGGCAAUUUGCAGAUAAAAUUUAGGAUUUGAACCCUUGUAAUCUAAACUGCAUGCUGCUCUAAUGAUAAUGAGUGGUUCCCAAAAAGAGGAUUUGUGAAAUUGACUGGUUUUGAUCUUGUGGAGUAUCCUCCACAACCUCUCUGAGUCUGUUCAACAGACUUACUCAGAUUACUGACCAUUCAGCUUUAUACAGUAAAUACAAUUAAUUUUAUUUACAUACAAUUUUCGCCAUUGUAUUCCCUUUUUAAAAUCAAUUUUGAUAUAUUGUGCUACAUUCUGAGUAUUCUGAGUAUUGUCCAAAUAGUUUUUUCUCUUCUGUGAUGUCAGGAUGCUUUAAAAGCUUUUUCAAGAAAGGUGUUAGGGAAUCAAGAGCCUUCAUCUUAUUGUGGUGGUAGAGGGGUGGGUUGCAAUGCUUCAUGUGAUUUUUCUCUGGGUGCAGGGAGGGAGAAUUUAUCAUAUAAAUAAAUCACAUAAAAUCACAUAAAAAGAGGAUUUGUGAAAAGGAUUUGUGAAAAGGAUUUGUGAUAAUGAGUGGUUCCCUAAAAGAGGAUUUCUGUCAUAAUGGAUUUAUGAUUUUAAGGUACAGUAACAAGUGGAGAAAGCAGCAAAACAGGAGCUGAAGAGAAACUUGUUAGAGGUUGGGACUAGUGCUACUGAAUGAUAGAUUAGCUUUGUGAUUGUGGUAUGCAGAGGUGUGUCUUGCCAGCAUCAUUCUUGACUAAUGACACUGAGUAGGUUAGAGCUGUCCUUCAAACUGUAGAUGCUCUUGCUGUUAUUUUGUGGAUGUUGUGGAGACCUGCUUAGUGGGCUGAGGAUGAGAAGGGGAAUUGUAGGAAGGGCAACAAGAAGCAUGAUGGAGUGCCUCUUUUAUUGUAACCCCUUCUAUACUUCAGAAGGAAGAUGCUACAAAAAACAGUAUAGUACCUAGAUAUUGAAAAGAAAUUUUGUGAAGUGGAUAAGAAUUUUGCUUCAUUGUCUUGAGGAACAGUUUGUAACCAGAGAAUUUUUCAGUGAAGCAAAAGUGAUGGAUGCUACAUUUGUUCAGAAAAUGUAUUUUAAUGGUCUGUUAGGAGACUGUCAAAGGAAGAUGAACUUCUGUUCUCAUUGUGAUACUUCAUUUCUGUGUCUUUGCUUCCUGUGUUCUCUUCCAGUUUGUGUUUUGUGAUUGCAACAUCCUUUUGUACCAUCAAAUGCAGGAAAAACACUUUACAGUAAUGCUUCUUAAGGCAUGCUUGCUAUACAGGAGGUAAAACAAGAUUAUCUUAGGCCAUUAACUUUACCCAGUAUGUGGAGCCUUCCCAUUUACACCAGUACAAGGCUUGAACUCAGCACAGAGGACAUAAUGGCUUAAUUAUACCAAAGCAUCUCUUUUUAAGAGAGUGAAUAGUGCCACAGGCAAGUUCAGGGAGACUAAACUGGCACCAGUGCCUUGAGACCCAUGUGUGGCUGGGCCUCAGUCACCUGACAUAUAAUACAGAUUUACAUUGUAGAGACAGAAGGAACUUUCAACAUAAUUCUCAACUUCAGUGUGGCUAGAAUGCCUUCCCAUGCAAAUGUGGCUGUCACUGUGAGUCCAGUGAGCUGAAAAGAUGUGCUCACUGGCAUACUAUGUAAAGAGAAUUCUUGUACCAACUUAAAGAAUUGGUGAAACUGGAAAAUGGACUGGUACAGCCUAUUGUAUCAGAGAAAGAUACAAAAUAUAUAUAUUUGCAGACAAUAAUCAAGAAAAGUAUUGCUGAGCCCUGUGUGUUAUGAGCUAGAGUAUUCUAUGUCCUAAAGCAGAGAUGCCAGUAUUAUGAGGAUGAUCAGGGUUUUGCAAAGCUGCCCUCUUGUCCUUGUAAACUCUGAAGGAACUGGGAUGAACAGCAUGAAAAAUGCUGUACUGUGUCAGACCAAAGGUCUGCUCGUCUUGGUAGUCUGUCUCUCACAGUGACCUGAUUUGCCUGCCUGGGGGGUACUGUAAAGAUAAAGCAGUAAUAUAGUGAUACUUUGUUUUUUAGUGUUCUCUUAGCCCAGCGUCCUGCCUCAGAAAGAUAUACAAACUUUCUUUGAGGCUGGAGAAAACAUUUUGCUUGUAGUAUUUAUCCUGCAAUGGGAUUUAAAUAUAUUUUUACAAGGACACAUCCUGAUGAUGAAAACAUCAAGUAAGGAUUAGCAUAUCUUUGUUUAUAAUCAGUUUUCUUAUUAAUUACUGUCUUUAUAAGUAAAUAGCGUCUUCUCUUGGAAUAUUUUUUUCUUAAUAUCAACAUCCUGACAUUGUUUCUUACCAUGCUUUGUUUUCAGCAAGGUUGAAAAGUCUUGUUCUUUCUUUACAAUGAGGCUUUUUUGACAUGCAUUUGUAUGCCCAGUCAACAAGUCCUAUGUAAUCCACUAACCCAUAUAAAUCAUUUUUCAUAAGCUUCAUACUAUAAAACUUGUCAUUUAGUUGUACUCCUGCAUGAAAAUCCCCAGUAUUCCACAUCCAUAUGCAUUCAGUUCUAGUGUCUAUACUUAAAGUAUUCUUCAAAGUUACAGAGUAACUGUUAAGAGUCACUUAUGGUACUCCUCAUAGAGUGUUCUAAUAUUGCUAUUCAGGCUUCAUAUACUCAUAUAGCCAAAUAUGCUGCUAGGCUUUGCUGCCCAAACACUGCUGUAACGCUACCAUAGGAGGUGGUAUUCAGGCAGUUGAAUUUAAAGUUCUCACCACUGCUUUUCAAUGUACAAGGUCCUAUAAAGUUAGAUUCUUUUUUUUUUAAUUCAAAAAUUUAUUGCAUUUCCUUUAGCAGUAUUAUAGUGCAAUUUUGUACCAAUUGUAUUUAUAGUUUGCAAUACUUAUGAGCUCAGUCUGUUUAGUUUUAUCAGAAGAUCAGAGGUGUCAUGCCUGUGUGGUAUUGGAAAUUCUAAGUAAUAAAGCAUCUUUUGUCUUGCAGAUGGGCAUAUAAAUGAACUUAGACCUAAAGCCUAGGCUGCCUAGAUUGGUGCAUGUGAGAUUUCAUUGCUGGAGGCAUUUCUAAGAGGGCCAUGAUCUGAAACUGGUCUAGCCUGACCAGAGUCCUCGGGCACUGCUGAAGUCCUUGAAUUUUCCCUCAGGUUUUGACAACACCAGAUAGUGAGCAAAGCUACCAUCAGUUGCAUUUUAGUUUCCUCCUACUGUCAAAGAGGGCUCUCCUAGAGACAGCUCACAAAAGGUCUACUCAAAGUCUGUGAAGAGCUGCCUUGUGCAUGUCCCAAAUAUUUUAUGAGGUCAUAAGAUUUAACUGUUUGAUAGGGGUUGGAGUCUGGGUUCUUGGUACUCUAUUUUAAGGGUAACAUGUAAAUAAGAAAGAUUCCUGCUUGUAUUCCUCUGUUUUAAGCAAGAUGUGUAUUCUCUGAAUGAGGCUCUUGCAGAAUCUCUGUUCUGAUUAUAGAAACUGGAAAUAAAUCAAUAUAUGAAAGAAG